AUGCAUUUUUCUUCCCUCCUCAUAACGGCCGCAGUUGGCAUAGCUAGCAUAAAUGCGCAAACUCAAUAUACAGCGACCAAUGCUGCUUCUGUAGCAGCAGCUAGGGCAACUGCCAAGACUUUGAGCCCAACAAGUUCAGUCAAGGGGAAGACUUUUGAUCGAUUCGUGAAUAUCUUCUUGGAGAAUACCGAUUUCGACAUGGCAAGCGCCGAUCCCAACCUCCAAUGGAUCGCAAGUCAAGGCAUUACGCUCACCAACUACAAAGCAAUCACACAUCCCAGUCAGCCCAACUACAUUGCUUCUGUAGGGGGGUCAACUCACUCGGUCAUAUGGGACUUGUAUUCUCGGAUUUCCAGUUCGGCGAAGACAAUUGUCGAUUUGUUGGAUGCAGCGGGGGUGUCGUGGAGUGAGUAUGAGGAUGAUAUGCCUUAUUCAGGUUUUGAAGUGGAUUAUGUCAACCAGGUCAACGGCGCAAACGAUUAUGUCAGGAAACAUAACCCCCUAAUGAGUUAUGAUUCCGUCACGUCUGAUCUCGACAGACUGGCAAAGAUAAAGAACUUGACGAUGUUCUAUAACGAUCUCGACUCAAAUAAACUUCCACAAUGGAUGUUCAUCACCCCAAAUAUGACAAACGAUGGCCACGACACCUCAGUAACGAUUGCUGGCGCAUGGGCAAAGGGGUUCUUAGAGCCGCUUCUCACGAACCCAAACUUCCUUUCCAGGACACUUGUUCUGUUGACCUUUGAUGAAACAGCAAAUUACCUUUCAGACAAUACCGUCUUCUCGGUCCUAUUUGGGGAUGCGGUGCCCGAAAUCUUACACGGUACUACGAAUGACACAGCUUACAAUCACUACAGCAUCAUGUCAACUGUCGAAAACAACUGGGACCUGGGAAACUUAGGGGAAGGGGACGCGGAUGCCAGUGCUUUCUUUUGA